AUGACAGAUACAUCAAAAAAGCUGACUUUAGAGGAAAGACUGUCUCUAGCAGCAAAGAAAAGUAAGAAGAAGAAUAAAAAGUCCCCGUCUCCUGCUGCAAUUGUACCAACUGAAGUGGAACAAACGACUGAGAAGACUGAGAAAUCUGACAAGGCUGAAAUAGACGAAAAGGUUAAUGAAAAGAGCGAUGAAAAGGAUGACAAAGUUUCCAAUGCUGCCACAGCUUCUGCUCCUCAAUUAACAGCUUCUUCUGAAAAUAAUCUAGUACCAGAACAGGAAGAUUCUGAAGGCAACAAUUUAGAAGAGGAAAACAACUGGAAGAGACAAAUUCAGCUUUUGAACUCUCUAAAGGAUAAGGAGCCUUGGUCACAAUGGUUAACUAAAGCUACACAAUUCUCUAAUGUCGAUGAUUUCUUAAAAACUUUUGAACCUGCCCUUAGGUCAAUAUAUGAGGAGUUGCAAAAUUACAAGAAACAGGAGGAUGUCGCCAACGAAAGCACUACUGAUAAGGAAAAGGAUGAACUAAUUGCACAAUUACGUUAUGAAGGUGAAAAAUUAGCUGCAACUGAACUUAGGCAAAAUAAUGCAAUUAAAUCCUUGAGAAAAAAAUUAGCUGGGAUGGAAAAUGAUAUCAAAGUCACACAGGAGGAACUUUUUAAGAAGAUAAGCAGUUACGAACAGUUGUUCGAUUCACAUGAAGAUCUACAAACUCAAUUACAGAACUGUGAAGUUAUAAUCAAAAAUCUACGUCAAGAUAAUGCACAGUUAAAAGAUUCAGAGUCACAAUUGGAAAAUAAGAAGGAAGAGGUAGAGAGUCUGCGCAGUACAUUGGAAAUGGAGCAUCAGAAAUUUGAACAAAGAGAGAAGGAUAUGAUUAUCGAGAUUGAUACUUUAAAAUCCUCGUCCCAGGAACAAGUGACUCAAUUGGAAACUAGCUUGGAGCAAUUGAGGAUAAAACUUGACAGCAGUUCUAAGAAAGAUCAAAAAGAACCAGUGCCUAAUUAUAAGGAAAACGAAGAGAUCCUUAGAAAAGAACUGGAAUCUCUCAAAUUUAGUUCGUCUCAAUUAGAAAACUCGCUUACCGGUAAGAUUUCCGAUUUAGAGACUAAAUUGAAUCAGUUACAACAAUCGAGUUCACAAUUAGAGGGACAAUUGCAAUCUGUAAGACAGUUGAAUGAAUCUCUAGAAAUAAGGUUGUCUGAUGAAAGUAAAAAUAGAGAACAAAAUGCCGUUAAGUUACAAGAAUUACAACGGGAAAAUGAAAAGCUGCGAAACUCAUUACAGGAUUCCAUUGAGGACUACAACUUACUACAAAGGAAGUAUGAGAUACGACAAACUCAUUUGGAAUCAAAUGUGGAAUCAAAUUUGGUACCAACAGAGAAAGAAUCGAAACCAUCACAAUCACUCGAUGUUCCCCAUAAUCAAAAAGAUGGUACGGUGCCACCUUCUCCGGCAGAGGAAGAUUGGAUGUAUCCACCUAAUGUUUCUCAGAUUUCUUCCAUGGGACCCCCCAUGGACUUCGAAAGUAGUUCUUUACAAAAAGAAGUUGAUGAGAUAAGUGAUCGUCCACCCAUUGAAGAUGAUAAACUUUCAAUAAAUGGGAUGGAUAUACCUGAAGAAGCAGCUGCCAUGGGAUCACACGUCCAUGAGUUGCACUCAACUUCUAGGCAAACGAAUUCUAUGAACUACCGCAGGCGUAGUACACAAGUGGAUUCUACAGGACAAAUGAAUGCCCAUAUGAUAAGCAAACUUGGUGCAGAGAUUAGAAGGUAUGAGGCAGAGCUAGUUUCGCUGCAGAAUAGUUGUGAAAGAUUGCAGAAGGAAAAGAUGGAAGCAAGUAAUGAGAUAUUGAAACUUUUGGAAGAUAAUGAAAGAGUACAAGUAUUAUCUAAGGAAAAAGACGAAUUAACUAGAAAACUUGAGGAAACUCAGAGCAAAUUAGAAACUUCUUUACAAAUAUUAGGAGAGAAAACUGAAAGAGUAGAAGAACUUGAGAAUGAUGUGGCAGAUCUCAAGGAAAUGAUGCAACAGCAAGUCCAACAAAUGGCAGAUAUGCAGGAAAGAUUGAGAUGA